AUGAUCUUCGCCAAGUUCCUUGCCCCCGUUUUGGGUUUUGUCAGCUGCGUCUCAGCUGCUGCUCUAGAGUCCAUUCGCGCAGAGCCGAUUGGAAAAGUUGAGAUUUUCAACACUGCCCACUGCACCGGAGCCGCGAUUAAGACUAUCGACGUCUUGACUCGCGAGGACUGCAUUCAGUUCGGUGACUCGGGCUUCAGUUCCGUCAAAUGGACUUCCUACCGCGACAUCGACAAGUCUUACAAGCUUGCCGGAUUCACUGAUCCUACUCCCGACUGCACUGGUAGCGGCGUGUCUGUUUCAGAUUCAACCGGCUGCGCUUACGUCCUCAGUGACUGGGCGAAGCUAUAUGCUGGCCGUCUUUACGAAUAA